GAUUAUUGACUCAUUCAUUCAUUUCUCCUUUCAUUACCUCAUUUGACCAAUGCUGAGUGCUGAGUACAGCACUUGGUUCAGGAGCUUCAGGAAGAAUGGUCUUUGCUCUUCACAGCUUCAUCUACCUGGGAAGAAAGACAGUUGCCUUGCUCAGUGUGGCAAAGACUGCAGAUCUUAUUGCUGUGAUGGAACCACGCCCUACUGUUGCUCCUACUACGCCUAUAUUGGGAAUAUUCUCUCGGGCACUGCAAUUGCUGGCAUUGUGUUCGGAAUCGUGUUUAUUAUGGGAGUCAUUGCUGGAAUCGCCAUCUGCAUCUGCAUGUGCAUGAAGAACAACCGAGGGACCAGGGUGGGCGUCAUCCGAGCCACACACAUCAAUGCCAUCUCCUCCUACCCUGUGGCACCACCCCCCUACAGUCAUGACCAUGAGAUGGAAUACCAUCCAGACUUGCCUCCUCCAUACUCCCCGACACCACAGCCUUCAGCGCAGCGCUCCCCACCCCCGCCUUACCCUGGAAGUUCAAGGAAAUAACCCUUUGCUCACAGCAGAAUAAGAGCCAGUCAGUGAUCUUGCCCAGAAUAAAAUGCUUCUCCUCAGAAACAGGCAAGAAAGAAUUGUUCUAGGGAAUACUUUUCAGGCCAGGUAUGGACUAUCUAUGUUAAAGGAUGCAGCAUUGCUACCCUGCUCAGAGCUAACCCUGCGUGGAGUAUUAUGGAACUGCAUCUUAGGAUGUCUCCCGAUCCACUUAAGCACAUUCAGGAAAAAGUAAUGAGAUUGACAGAACAGCUGAUAGUCAUGAUAAGCACCAGGUGAAGGAAGUUUCAGUACUGAUCCUAGAAAAGAGAAGACUGAAGAAGGGCAAGAGAAUGAUGGCCUGGUCUACAAAGAAAUAGCUUUAUUCUAUGCAGCUUUAAAAGUCAGAAGUAGAGUUGUUCAUUCUUUCAUUCACCAAUAAACGUAUAUUGAGUGCCACAGAGCCUACUAUGUGCCUGGCACUGUUUGAGGCACUGGAUGGAAAUUACCAGAAGGGUAAUUUGGUUUUAGUACAGGCAUACCUCAUUUUAACGCACUUUACUCGUGUGCUUUGCAGAUACUCUGUGUUUUAUAAACUGAAGGUUUGUGGCAACCCUGCAUCAAGCAGUGCCGUUUUUCCAUCAGCAUGUACUCAGUUCAUCUCUCUAUUUCACCUUUUUGUGAUUCUCUCAGUGUUUCAGACUUUUUUCAAUAACAUUAUAUCUGAUAAGAUGAUCUAUCGUCAGUAACCUUUGAUGUACUACAGUAGUUCUUGGCGUGCCACAAACCGUGCCCCUAUAAGACAAGGACCUUAAUAAAUUGAUAAAUAUUGUGUAUGUUCUAACUGCUUCACCACCCAUUCCCCAUCUCUUUCCCUCUCCUUGGGCUUCCCUAUUAUGUGAGACACAACAAUAUUGAAAAUAGACCAAUGAAUGAAGUGUUCCAGUGAAAGAAGGAGUCACAACAGCUUGAAAUUAGUAAGUCUAGUGAGGAGGGCAUGUAGAAAGCUGAGAUGGGCUAAAAGCUAGGCCUUUGCACCAGACAGCCAAGUUGUAAAUACGAAGGACAAGUUCCUCAUUGAAGAAUAUAGAUGGUACUCCAGUGAACAUCUGAAGGAUAAGAAAGAAAAUAGCCUUAUUGCUGGAAUGGAGAAAGUUUUGGUGGUCUGCAUGGAAAAUCAAACCAACCACAUUUUCUGAAGCCAAAGCCUCGUCCCAAGCAAAGCUCUAGCCUUCUUCAGUUCGAUGAAGGAUGAGAGAGGAGCAGAAGCUCCAGAAGAAAAGUUGGAAACUAACAGAGGUUGGUUCAUGGGGUUUAAGGAAAGAAGCCAUUUCCAUAACAUAAAAGUGCAAUUGAAGCAGCAACUGCUGAUGUAGAAGAAGCUGCAGCAAGUUACACAGAUCAUAAAAUGGUUACACUGAACAGCAGAUUUUCAAUGUAGAUGAAACCACUUUAUACAGGAAGAAGAUGCCAUCCAAGACUUCUAUAGCGAGUCAAUGUCUGGUUUCAAAGCUUCAAAGGAAAAGUUGAUUCUUGUUGGGGCUGUUUCAGUUGGUGACUAAGUUGAAGCCAGUUCUCAUUUAUCAUUCUUCAAAUCCUGAAGUCCUUAGGAAUUGUACUAGUUGCACUCUCUGUGACCUUUCAAGGGAACAAGAAAGCCCAUUUGCAACACAGUUUAUUGAGUUUAUUGCUGAAACUUACCACUCAGGAAACAUUAUGACUAUCAAAACUUACUGCUCAUUGACAAUGCAUCUGGUUACCCAAGAGCUUUGAUGGAGGUAUACAGCAAGAUUAAAGUUGUUUCCAUGCCUGCUAAUACAAAAUCUUUUCAGAGUCUCAUGGAUCAAGAAGUAAUUUCUACUUUUAGGUCUUAUUUAAUAAAUACCUUUCAUUAGGCUAUUGCUGCCAUAGAAAGUGGUGCUUCUGAUGGAGCAGGGCAAAGUAAAUUGAAAACCUUUUGGAAAGGAGUCAACAUUCUAAAUGACAUUAUAAUCAUUCAUGAUUCAUGGAAGGAGGCCAAAAUAUCACCAUUCAUAAGUUUGAAAGAAGUUGAUGCCAAACCUCAUGGAUAAUUUUGCUAAGUCAAGAUUUUAGUAGAGGAAGUAGCUGUGGAUGCAGUGUGAGUAGCAAGAGAACUAGAUAGAAUGAAAAGUGGAGCCUGAAGAUGUGACUGUACUGCUGCAGUGUCAUGAUAAAACAUUCAUAGGUGAGGGGCUGCCUCUUACAGACACACAGAGUAGUUUCUUGCCAUGGAAUCUACUUCUGGUGAAGAUGCUGUAAAUGUUGAAAAGACAACAAAAGAUUUAGAAUAUUACAAACAUUUACUGGACAAAUCAACAGCCAAGUCUGAGAGAAUUCACUCCAACUUUGAAAGAUUUUUUACCGUAGAUAGAAUGCUAUCAAACAGCAUUACAUGUUACAGAGAAAUAGUUCAUGAAGGAAAGUCCAUCCAUGCAGCAAAUUUAAUUGUUGUCUUAUUUUAAGAAAUUGACACUACCUCCACAAUCCUCAGCAACCACCACCCUGAUCAGUCAGCAGCCAUCAACACUGAGUUAAGUUCCUCCACCAGCAAAAGGAUUUUGACCCACUAAAGCCCCAGAUGGUCAUUAGCACUUUUUAGCAAUAAAGUAUUUUAAUUAAGACAUACACAUUGAAUUUUCUUAGCAUACCACUAUUGUACACUUAAUAGGAUAGUGUAAAUGUAGCUUUAGUAUGCACUGGGAAGCCAAAAAAUUUGAAUGACUGACUUUAUUGUGAUGUUUGUUUUAUUGUGGUGGUCUGGAACUGAACUGAAUUUGUAAUACCUCCAAGGUAUACCUGUAUAAAAAGGAGUAGUUGGAGCUUUCUUAUUGACUAGAUUGCUUUGUGAAGCUCCCUGUUACCAGGACUUCAAACAGAACCUUGAUAUCUUAUAAAGAAAUCCUGUAGAAAAUUAAAUGGUAAAAAAUGGUAGAAAAUUAAAAUAAAUUAAAUGGUAGAUGGGUCCACUGGGCCACAAAAACUCCACUCAAAUUUUUAGGUAGUGUAAAUUUCCAUGUCUCUGGAAGUAAAAACAACAAUUGAAUAUUAUUUAUUUAAUUUCAGAGUUAAAUUAGGAUCAAAGAGACUCAACAGUUACUAGAAGCCAAGAGCUCUUCAAUGCUAACUACUGCCUAACUGCUGGCUUUAGUCAGUGGAUUUUCAUAAAGAGUACUCCAACUGUGAGGGGAAACUGAAAGAAGUUCUACAGGCAACAAAUACUUCACUUCAAGAGUAAGAUAAGAAGCUAAAUAUUCCAAUGGAUUUUAUAUCAGGUAGCAAAUAUCUCAGAACUUAUUCAUGAAAAUAUAUAACAGAUUUACAAAAAGAAGAGGGAAAAAUAAAAUUGAGUUCCAUUCAUACGUAACUGAGCCAAAGUUUUGUUCUGGUUUUGUAAAAUUUUGAUAAUUAGUUUUCUUAAAAAAGUUUUACAGUGAUCAAAAAGGGUAAGAUACUGUCAUCAAUGGUUACCUUUUACCAAAUGCAAAUCUUAUGAAGUGCCUACCUUUAGAUGUAAAAGCAUUUAAUAAAUAUUUCACAGGUGCCAUAUUUUGCUGAAAGAGACCUUAGCAUAUUUUUGUGUAUUUAAAAAUUGUAUACUGGACAUUGGAGAUAGAUGACCAGGCUUUUUGUCACUUUACCAUUAAACCUAAAAUGUUUAAUCUAAUAUCAUCAUAAUUUAAUGAAGUCCAAAAAUUAUAUGUGUUUUGCUGAAUAAAACAAAGAAUGCCUCAGAGUAUGUUACAGUAUCUGUACUUAUAGUUAAGAAACUUAAUAGCUAAUAUAAGUAGUUUCUUUUACUUUCAAAUGCCCACACUAGAAAUACAUUGAUCUGACUGAAUAUAGUCUAACUCUGAGUGAGGCCUAAAGGCUAGAUUUAUUUUGAAUGACUCGAUUGAUUUUUAGAUAUUGACAGCGUUCUUACUUAUGAAGAUGCAAAGUAUCCAAAAGUUCCAGCCUGUUCUAGUAAGAGCCUUCCUAACUCACAUAAACCAUUUAGCACACUGUCAAGAGUAUAUAUGCUUUCAUUGAUUUCUUUUCUGCAAGUGUGAUCAGACCCAGUUUUGCUGCAGCUAAAAUGCCAGUGUCUCUGAUUUUGAGAAUGUUGAUUGCAAAUAACUAUGUGUUCCUUAAGAAAAACAGGGAGGAAAGACCAUCAGAAAGUUGAAUUCUCAUCGUCUUCACCUUCAGUAAACAUUCAUUGUGAACCUAUUAUAUUCUGUAAAUAUUACCCACAUAGGAGCCAUUUGAGUCCACAGCAUAUCUCUUCUUUGAAUUAAGGCCUCUCCUAAUGCAUACCACAAACCAAUACACCUACAAUAGAUGACUAUUUUUACUAUUUGCCUUUAGUGUCACAAAAGCAUAAAUAUGCACAUUAUAUAUUUUUGAAGUUCACUGAUUAUUUUCAUAGAUGCAUUUGGGGAAAAAUAAUAUAUGAUGUGAAAGCUUUGAAUUGGGUUAUUUAUAAACUAACAUAUUUUCUAUG